AACCCUAAAGCCUCACGCAUUUGGGGAUUGUUCUUCUUCCACUCGCUCAUGCCCCUCGCGUGAACCUGACUCUCCCUCCUCUCUCUCUCACUUUCACCCUCUUUCAUCCCUUUCUGUUUCAGAUCAUCAAUCUCUCUUCUUUCUCUCAGAAUUUUUCAGUACCCUUCAUAUCAUCAAGAAGAAAGCUGUUCUGAACAUGGAUAUAGACCUUAGGUUACCUUCUGGUGAACAUGAUAAAGAGGAUGAAGAAACAGCUACAAUUGAUAACAUAUUGGAUGGUGAAGAAAAAUUGAAUAAUGGAGCUAUGGAGGGGAGAAAUAUGGUUGAUCCUGGUAUGGAGUUACAAGCUCUAAAUGGUGGUGAUUUGAAUUCGCCCACACUUGAUAUGGUAAUAUUCAAGGAAGAUACUAAUCUUGAGCCACUUUCUGGCAUGGAAUUUGAGUCUCAUGGGGAGGCUUAUUCAUUCUACCAAGAAUAUGCUCGUUCAAUGGGAUUCAACACUGCAAUACAGAAUAGCCGACGCUCCAAAACAUCAAGAGAAUUCAUAGACGCAAAGUUUGCUUGUUCUAGGUACGGAACAAAACGAGAAUAUGACAAAUCGUUCAAUCGACCACGUGCAAGACAGAGCAAGCCAGAUUCUGAAAAUUCAACCGGUCGAAGAUCUUGUUCCAAGACUGACUGUAAAGCAAGUAUGCACGUGAAAAGAAAACAUGAUGGAAAGUGGGUUAUACACAGUUUUGUGAAGGAGCAUAAUCAUGAGCUUUUACCAGCCCAAGCAGUCAGUGAACAAACAAGAAGAAUGUAUGCUGCAAUGGCCAGACAGUUUGCUGAAUACAAGACUGUGGUUGGUCUCAAGAAUGAAAAGAAUCCAUUUGAUAAAGGACGGAAUUUGAGCCUUGAAUCAGGAGACGCUAAACUCAUGCUGGAUUUUUUUGUACAGAUGCAAAAUAUGAACUCUAACUUCUUUUAUGCAGUUGAUCUUGAUGAUGAUCAAAGACUGAAAAAUAUUCUAUGGAUUGAUGCUAAAAGUAGGCAUGACUAUACCAACUUUUGUGAUGUAGUGUCAUUUGAUACCACCUAUGUUAGAAACAAAUAUAAGAUGCCUCUUGCACUUUUUGUUGGAGUGAACCAGCACUAUCAAUUUAUACUACUGGGGUGUGCCUUAAUAUCAGACGAAAGUCCCACAACUUUUUCUUGGCUGAUGCGGAUGUGGCUGAAAGGAGUUGGUGGUCAAGUUCCAAAAGUGAUGAUUACUGAACAUGACAAGACUUUGAAGUCAGUUAUUGCAGAUAUAUUCCCUAGUGCUUGUCAUUGUGUCUCUUUAUGGCAUAUUGUGGGUAAGAUAUCUGAAAAUAUGGCUCAUGUAAUUAAAAAACAUGAGAAGUUUUUGGCAAAAUUUGAAAAAUGCAUAUACAGGUCAUUGACCAGCGAUGACUUUGAGAAGAGAUGGUGGAAAAUUGUUGAUAGGUUUGAACUUCGAGAGGAUGAAUGCAUGCAGUCACUAUAUGAAGAUCGUAAGUUGUGGGCACCAACAUUCAUGAGGGAUGUUUUCUUAGGUGGUAUGUCUACUGUCCAACGAUCCGAAAGUGUAAAUUAUUACUUUGACAAAUAUGUUCACAAGAAGACCUCUGUGCAAGAUUUUGUUAAAUUGUAUGAAGCAAUCUUGCAAGACAGGUACGAAGAGGAAGCCAAAGCAGAUUCAGAUACCUGGAAUAAAGUAGCAACAUUGAAAACUCCUUCACCUUUGGAGAAGAGUGUCGCAGGGGUUUACACGCAUGCUGUAUUCAAGAAGAUUCAAGCUGAGGUUGUUGGUGCAGUUGCUUGUCAUCCUAAAGCUGACAGACAAGAUGAGACCACUAUUAUUCAUAGGGUUCACGACAUGCAAUCAAAUAAGGACUUCUUUGUUGUGGUGAAUCAAGUAAAAUCAGAAUGGUCUUGUAUAUGUCGUUUAUUUGAAUAUAGAGGCUAUCUUUGUCGACACAUAUUGAUUGUUCUGCAAUAUUCUGGCCAUUCUGCAAUCCCAUCCCAUUAUAUUUUGAAACGCUGGACCAAAGACGCAAAGGUCCGGAAUAUAAUGGGAGAAGAGUCUGAACAUAUGCUGGCAAGGGUGCAACGAUACAAUGAUUUAUGUCAGCGAGCAUUUAAACUGAGUGAAGAGGGAUCUCUUUCACAAGAGAGUUACAGUAUUGCAGUCCAUGCACUGCACGAAGCACAAAAAAGUUGUGUGAGCGUUAAUAAUUCUGGCAAGAGUCCCAUGGAAGUUGGUACAUCAGUCACUCAUGCUCAGCUUUCUACUGAAGAAGAUACCCAAAGUAGAAAUAUGGGCAAGUCAAACAAAAAGAAAAAUCCAGCUAAAAAGAAAAAGGUGAAUGCUGAGGCUGAAGUGUUGACUGUUGGUGCAAUUGACAACAUGCAACAAAUGGACAAGUUCAGCACAAGAGCUGCAGUAACCCUUGAUGGCUAUUACGGCACACAACAACAGGUGCAGGGAAUGUUGAAUUUAAUGGGACCGCGAGAUGAUUUUUACGGGAAUCAGCAGACUCUUCAAGGACUGGGACCAAUAAGUUCAAUACCAACAAGUCACGACGGUUAUUAUAGUGCGCACCAGGGCAUGCCUAAUCUGGCACAAUUGGAUUUUUUGCGAACAGGUUUCACAUAUGGCAUCCGGGAUGAUCCGAAUGUAAGAGCAGCGCAGUUGCAUGAGGAUCCGUCGAGGCAUGCAUGAAUGCUGAUAUCCUUUUAGAUGUAGUUGAGUUGACCAAAAACAAGAACAUGAAGGCUGGGAAACAAGGACUUUUGGAUGCUUAUCUUGGUGUAGAUAACGGAAUACAUCAUUCACGGUUCAAGUUAAAAUGGGGAAUUUCCAAAUCCAGUAUUUUGUAAUAUAAAUAUAUGUUAAGUUAAUAAUGCUGGAUAGAGAUUGUUGUAUUAUAAUAACUUAGGCUACCUGGAAAAAUUACAAUUUGGAAAGUGCUUGUUACUUAGCAUGCUUUCUUAUUUUUCCAUUGCUUCAAAAGAGUAAAUGUUGCUUAUUUA